GCACAGUGUGUGCACUGCUCCUCGGUACAGCAGCAGUGGGAGGAGGAGGAGGACCGAAGACUGGAGCUUCGUCUGCAGCUCAAAAAAAGUCUCUCUCUCUCUCUAAAUACUUUCUGCAAACUGUGCCCCCCCCCCCCCCCAUCCUCCCUUCAUAUAUCUCGUCUCGAGUGAAUCCGGGGACAGUCUGUGGCAGCAGGAAGGAACCGAGGGUUGACCAUGGCCUUCCUGGGGAGUGCAGUCCGGCGCGUGGCGUCGGCGGUGCGCCCCCCCCUCUCUCCCUUGUGCCGGACGAGCGCUCGGUCCUACAGCUCAACGCCCACCCAGGAGAAAAGUGUUCCCUACGAGACGACACUCAAACAGGAGGACGGAGUUACCUCCGGACCCACUAAACCUCUGCCCAGAUCAGCCGACGUGGUGGUGAUCGGAGGAGGCAGUCUAGGCUGUCAGACCGUCUACCACCUGGCUAAAAUGGGUCUGACCAACGUAGUUCUGCUGGAGCGAGACAGGCUGACUGCUGGCACCACCUGGCACACGGCAGGCCUGCUGUGGCAGCUCCGUCCCAGCGAUGUUGAGGUGGAGCUCUUGGCCCACACCAGGAACGUGAUCAGCAAAGACCUGGAAGAGGAGACGGGUCUCCACACGGGCUGGAUCCAGAAUGGGGGACUCUUCAUUGCCUCCAACAAGCAGAGACUGGACGAGUACAAGCGCCUCAUGUCGCUGGGUAAAGUUUAUGGUAUUGAGUCCCACGUGCUGUCACCUGCCGAGACCAAGGACCUGUAUCCUCUGAUGAACGUCGAUGAUCUGUAUGGAACCCUGUAUGUACCAAAAGACGGCACCAUGGACCCAGCAGGCACCUGCACCACGCUGAGCAGGGCUGCCUCCGCCAGGGGAGCCAAGGUGAUCGAGAACUGCCCCGUGACUGGUAUUACCGUGCGCGCAGAUGACCUCGGGGUGAAGAGGGUGAGGGCAGUGGAGACCCCCCACGGGACAAUUGAAACGCCUUGUGUGGUGAACUGUGCAGGUGUGUGGGCCACCAAGCUGGGGGAAAUGGCCGGAGUCAGGGUGCCUCUCGUAGCGAUGCAUCAUGCUUAUGUGGUGACGGAGAGAAUUGAAGGCAUACAGAACAUGCCGAAUGUCAGGGACCACGAUGCGUCGGUGUACCUGCGGCUCCAAGGUGACGCCCUGUCUGUGGGUGGCUACGAACAGAACCCCAUCUUCUGGGACGAGGUGUCUGAUAAGUUUGCCUUCAGUUUGUUUGACUUGGACUGGGAUGUAUUCACGCAACAUAUUGAGGGUGCAAUUAACAGAGUCCCCAAUCUGGAGCAGACCGGCAUCAAGUCCACUGUCUGUGGACCAGAGUCAUUCACAGCCGACCAUAAGCCGCUGAUGGGAGAAGCCCCGGAGGUCAGAGGUUUCUUCCUGGGAUGUGGCUUCAACAGUGCUGGUAUGAUGCUGGGAGGAGGCUGUGGUAGAGAGCUGGCUCACUGGAUCAUACACGGUCGACCUGAAAAGGAUAUGUAUGGAUACGACAUCAGGCGUUUCCACAACUCGCUGACGGACAACAAACGCUGGAUCAGAGAGAGGAGCCAUGAGUCAUAUGCUAAAAACUACUCUGUGGUGUUCCCCUUUGAUGAGCCGCUGGCGAGUCGAAACAUGAGGAAGGACCCCUUCCAUCAGGUGCUGACGGAGCACGGCUGCGUGUUCCAGGAGAGACAUGGCUGGGAGAGACCUGGCUGGUUUAACAAAGACGGACCUGCUCCUGUUAAAGACUACGAUUACUACGGAGCUUAUGACAGUCAGAAGAAUGUCAACUACAAAUACAACGAAUUGCUGGGGAAAGAAUACACCUUCGACUUCCCUCCGCACCACGACGUGAUAAAGAGCGAGUGCCUCUCAUGUAGACACGGUGUGGCGGUGUUUGACAUGUCCUACUUUGGAAAGUUUUAUCUCACCGGACCAGAUGCCAAGAAGGCGGCCGAUUGGCUGUUCACUGCUGAUGUCAACAAGAAUCCAGGCUCCACUGUGUACACCUGCAUGCUGAAUAAAAGAGGAGGGGCGGAGGCUGACCUGACAGUGAGCAGACUGGAGCCUGGUGCCGCCAUCCUGCCCCUGGCACCAGAAUCCAACGGCGAUGCGUACUACCUGGCCAUCGGAGGCGGCGUGGCAGAACACAACUGGAACCACAUUAGAACCGUUCUGCAGGACCAAGGUUUCCGCUGCCAGCUGACAGACCACUCUGAGGACAUGGGGAUGAUCAGCAUCCAGGGACCGAAGAGUCGUGAGGUACUUCAGGAGGUGCUGGACACCGACCUGAGCAACGAAAGUUUCCCCUUCUCAACCCACAAAGUUGUCAACGCAGCAGGACAUCAGGUGCGAGCUAUGCGUCUAUCGUUUGUCGGAGAGCUCGGCUGGGAGCUGCACAUUCCCAAAGACUCUUGCCUUCCAGUCUACCGUGCUGUCAUGGCUGCUGGUGCAAAGCACGGCAUCAUCGACUCUGGCUACAGGGCCAUCGACUCACUCAGCAUAGAGAAAGGAUACAGACAUUGGCAUGCCGACCUUCGCCCAGAUGACACGCCCCUGGAGGCGGGGCUAGCCUUCACCUGCAAAUUGAAGAGUUCCAUCCCGUUCCAGGGCCGCGAUAGGCUGGAGAAACAGAAGGCGGAGGGGCUGAGGAGGCGCAUCGUCUGCUUCACUAUCGAUGAGAAAGUACCGAUGUUCGGUCUGGAGGCCAUUUUCCGAAAUGGUGUUCCUGUUGGUCACCUACGGCGUUCUGACUAUGGCUUCUUUAUUGACAAAACUAUUGGUUAUGGAUAUAUCCGCCACCCUGACGGAGGAGUGGUGAGUGCCGACUUCAUAAGGAGCGGCGAGUUCACCCUGGAGAGGAUGGGAGUGACGUACAAGGCCAAGGCCCACCUCAAAACUCCAUUUGACCCUGAGAAUAAACGGGUCAAGGGCAUCUAUGCUUGAGGACCACAAAUGGGGGAAAAAAGAAAAAAAAACAGAAACAAACACAUUCUGGUUGGAGAAAGAGGCGGAGCUGAUUUUCUUUCCUCUCUCGUAUGGAUUGUCUACGAUCUGUAUCAAAGAGGUGCUGUGUUGAGUCUUUUCUGAGUGUUUUGAUGUUGAGGGGGCUUUAAGUUCUCGGCUCCAACGAGAGUUCUGCACAAGUAUUCCCAAACCACACACAUGCCCUUCAGGUAGUUGGAGUCAAUUGCAAUGCCGGAGGUUUGUGCUGAUAGUAAUGACUAAACAAGAGUUUAACUUGCUCUUGUCGUAUCCAAAUCUGAGUCAGACAAGCCUGAGUGUUCUUCAGAGUUGGAGGGAAAAGGGAGAAGGAAACACCCCGAGGCACAACCGGUAUAACAACCAGGGAUACAACACUGCAAACAAAGAAUGAGAGAAAAAGACUACAGUUAUCAUGGAAAGCGGCUGUUAACAAAUACCUCAAGUAGGUACAUUGUUCUACUGAGGCUAUAUGUUGACAUUUCAUAUGCUUUAGAUGGACGGUAUUCAUGAAAUGCUUUUCUAGUCUUAUCGACUAGUACGAGCCGCAUUCACCCAUUCACUCACACAUUCAUACAGCGCUUUUCCUUAUCACACAUCAUUCAUACACAGCCGUCGUGGGGCAAUUCACAGUCAAGUGACUUGCCCAGGGUCACGUGCGGACUGAAGGAACCGGGGAUCGAAACAUCGACCUUCUGGUCAGUGGGCGACCCUCCCAUUCGUCUUGUUUCUCUGACAAAUCUUAACCUUUUCCAGGAAUUACUUUAAACUGUGACGCAUCUGCAGGACUCCCAGCGAACUCCUAGCUUGCUAGCUAUGAAAUCCUGUUUUCUGUUUCAGAAUUUGUGUGUCUGCAUGAAAAUGUGCAAGGCUUUCCGUCAUUAACUGGGGGAAAAAAAAAAUGGAAAUCACAAUUUUUUUUAGUGCCUUGUUAACUGAUCCAAGUCUUACACGCUGGUGCUGGUUUGUACAGUAAUAAAAGAUUUUUUGGUAA